CAUAACAUUAUGGGACACUGGAACGCUUUGAUAAGCACUUUAGUGAAAGUAACCUAAUUGAAUUUCACGAAUCACCUUUAGAUUAGGCUAUGUCCAAGCGCUGCAAUAUAGUAUUUUACAAAAAGUCAGUCCUACUCUGACUGCUCUUCACGGGCAGCGAUAGUCAUCCAAGGGUCGCUCAAUCUGUUCUCAAUCGCGUCAUUUCUACAGUGGUCGAUAAUACGCGCAUCUCUUUACCUUGACUCAGGACUGUCAAUGCCGACAGCCACUCAGAUUCAGUGAAUUUAUUUUGUAAAAAUUUGACUGCAAAAAAUGAACACUUUUUCCUUCAAGAUGCACAUUCUCGUCGGCGUCUCGCAGAUUUUGGCAACUCUUAUGUUCCACUUGGCACCUACUCAGACUUCUCACUCCCCAGUGGAACCACACUCUAGAGUGAUGCUGUUCCGCGAGGUUUUGGGGCGGAGUUUGUGUCGUUCGAUGGAGCGAUUGGUGGAGGUGGAGCAGGAGUACCCUGGAGGGGUGGAAUAUAUUUUUAGCCCUGCCUGCGUGCCCCUGUGGCGAUGCGCUGGUUGCUGUGGAGACGAGAACCUGGAGUGUCACCCCACCCUCACACGUAACGUCACCAUGCAGUUGAUGAGGAUAACUCCGACUGAGAGGACAGGGCAGUACGUGGAGCUGACGUUUGUGGAGCAUCAGACCUGUGAGUGCAGACACCGGAAGAUGCAUUUGAAUGAGAGCAGUCCCAGAGUCAGGAUCCAUCCCAGGAGGAGGAAGCACAGGAAAAGAUCCAAAGACUGUGGCAAGUGUCAGAACCCACACAGCUAGGUGGAUACUUGGAUCCCCGUCCUUCCAGUCCGCUGUCCAAUCACCACUCAGCUGUGGAAUGAAGACAGCAUAGGGGGAAACCAGACACCUACUUGUUUACCCCCCAGAUACAAAAAUUCCUCAACUCAUUGUCCAUGAAAAUACACUAACCCCAAACUGCAAUUUAUACCAGAGUAAUAACAACUUUAGUUUUCUGAUACUGGAUACCCAAUAUCAGCCUUGAGAAUACUUUUACGCGUUUACAUGGAUGAUAUUCCACUGUAAUAGCAGAUACAGUAGCUCCACCUCAUGGACAUAGAGGAGCUGGACAGAGGGAUGGCAGGACAGGAGAUAAGCAAUUGCCAAGGGACAAGGGAUUAAGCCACACUUUACAGGCAAUGUUCUUGAAAAGCAGUAGGCCAAUAAAUGGAUUUAGCUUCAAUCUGGUAUGGAACAACAACGAAGAAGGCUAAAACAGAUGCAGAAUGGGUGUGGACUGAACUAGGGAGAGAACGGACACCUACACAGUAUACCUCUCCCUAUGAUGAUCAUAUUACAGUACAGAAUGGUCUGAACUGAAGAGUGCAUGAUCAAAGGGAGGGAUGAACAUACUGUAGGUUAUAUCAAGACCUAUAAUGUUUAUAUCUCUAACUUCCAUCAGACAGAAAAGAAUAACAAAUCCAUAUGGAUUCCACUGUAUUAUAUAUGAAAAUGAAAUAUAUUAAAAUGUAAAUACGUUUAUAGCGAUCACUGUAUCAGAAAUGGCAUCUGGGAAUUACAUUUUGAGUUGUUUAUGUUAGAAUUACAUAUUUGUCUUGGGAAUGUGCUGUGUUCAUUUACUGAGUGUCAUGAUGUGUCUGACUUGACUCUCUUGGAAAGGAGAAAAUAUAAGAUUUUCCUCAGGUG